GAUUGCUACAAUAAACUGUUUAAAUUAACCUCAACGAAUGAUAACGAAUAUUUAGCAAUGUAUCGUAACAUGAAGGAGCAUGCCUAAAAAAGCAUCUAGUUUAAGCCAGCAGGACAGAGAUAUUGGAUUUUGGAACGAAUUUCUAGGUCACAUCUGAGUGCACGCGUCAAACUUGCCCUUGAGAUUAUUGGACUGCCGCUAAAUAAUUGAUAAAUUUCAGGAUGAAUCAAAUACUUUUUCGGAAUUUAUUUGGAAUUUAUUCUCUUAAAAAUAUAUUUAACAAAACGUCAACCACGAAAAUUCUCUCUGCUCAUCAUAGCUUGUGUAGAACAUAUUCUCAUGCAGUACCGAAAAUUGAUAAUGAUAAAUUACCAGACGGACAAAUCCGGUAUUCAACGCACAAAAAAUGGCAUGCUGUAAUGAAUUAUGUCCCGAAGCCGAGAGAUAUACCAGAUUAUCAAUAUCCAAUUGUAAUUAUAUGUUGUUUCAUAACUGGAAUAUAUUUUGGCUUCAUCCAUACAAGAUGUGAUCUAGAUGAUAUAUUAGAUGGGAACUUUGCAGAAUUUGAGAAAAUGAAAUUCGGCAAGAAAUAGUUGUACAAAGAACCUAACAUUAUCAGUCUCUGUAGUCCCACAUUUACUGUCAUUUUCGAAAAAUAUGGACAAAAUCGAUUUAUUUCACUACUUUUUAAAGUUUCACUAUAUCCCUUUUGUGUCACAUUCGUUAGAUAGCUGAGACUUUCCCAAUCUUAUCGAACAUCAACUCUAUAGCACGCAAUUUGUAAACAGUCCGUUUUUUGAGUGAAGAAAGGUUAACUUUGGUGAAAAGAACUACCCAAUAGGAUGAUUGUGUAAUUGAGAUUCCCAAUAAAAUUUAAACAUUACUAUCCUAAACACCGACGUA